AUAGUACCAAAAAAAUUACAUAUAUUCGUGAUUGUUCGUGAUCUUAACUUUAAGUUUAGGCGUAGAUUGAAAAAUUGGAUAAUUUCCCAAUUUCAAUUAAUGGUUUAAGUCUGGUCUUAGUCACAGGUCUGGUAAUCUACCAUUCUCUUUUCAUUUGUUGGUGACAAAUGAUUAUUUAAAUUUAAAAGCAUUAAACUGUGGCAUCAGUAAAUAAGAUCACCAGCACAUCCUUCUCUGGUAAUGAAUUGGUAAAAUUGAUUUUCUAGUCAAAAAACUGGUUUUAGUAAAUUGGAUGUUUUAAAAUUUGAGAUUAUAUCACUUUUAAAUAUAGAACAUUGCAGUAUCCAGUAGAAGCAGGUAAUAAAAAAAAUUGUGUGAAUCACUUAAGGCAGCUUUGCUUCGCUAACCUUAAAAAAAAAUGCUUAAGCGUAAAAUUUCGGAAAGCACGGAAGAGAAUGUUAAGCAAGUUAAAGUGGAAAGUAAUAAAGAAGAGAAUAUAGUAGUAUCUCAGUAUUUUCAAAAUAUACCCAAGGUUGAAGAAACCAUUGCAGAACAAUUCCUACAAUUACAAAAUGAGUUAAACAACUCCCUAAGGGAUCUGGAUUUAAAAACUGGACCUGUAGAAUAUAUUUAUAAUCCACUGCUUUAUGCUUUUGACCCCUAUGAAAAAUAUAUAAGAAAAUACUGCACUUCUACAAAGGAACUUUUAUUUAUAGGCAUGAAUCCGGGUCCCUUUGGGAUGUGCCAAACAGGUAUACCUUUUGGAGAUCCAAUAUGUGUUAGACAGUUUUUACAAAUCGAAGGAAUUGUAAAUAAACCUGAAAUUGAAUGUCCUGAUAGAAUGAUUACAGGAUUUAAUUCUUCUCGUAGAGAACAAAGUGGGAAGAGAUUUUGGGAAUUUUUUGAAAACCUUUGUGGUUCAUCUGAAAAGUUUUUUGAGAAUGCAUUACUCUUGAAUUUUUGUCCCAUUGCAUUAAUGAAAUCAAAUGGAAGUAAUGUAACACCUGCUGAAAUUAAAGAUACCAAGGUUCGUAAAAGUUUGGAAGCAGCUUGCAACAACUGGUACCUUGAAGUCAUCAGACUGCUUAAACCAAAAUUUAUAGUAGCUGUAGGAGGUUAUAUAGACAAGAAAACAAAGGACUUGUUUAAAUCAAAUAAUAUUAAUGACAUACAAAUUCUUUGUAUGCCACAUCCAAGUCCGAGGUCUGUGGGAAACCAAAAUUGGCAUGAAAAAGCACACAAAUUUAUAGAUGAUAAUAAUUUGAUAGGCUAUUUCCAAGCCUAAAAGAUAUUUUAUUCUAAUAUUGCAUUUUAAAACAUUGACUAUUAGUUUAAUUUUAUUGUAAUAAUUUAAAAAUUUCUUGGAAGUGUUUUUCAAUAGUGAGGAUUAUACCGUUCAGUUUUGUUUCAAAUAGCUAAGAUUGUUAGAGCUAUUUAGUUAUGUAUAAAAUAAGGAGAGAAGAAAAUAACAGCUUUUUGUAAGGUCAUUUUAAAAAACUUUCAAGGAUUUUUUACUUAACAAUUACAUUUUACAGUGUUUUAUUUGUUUUAUCAAAGUUUUAUUUUAUGUUAUAUAUUUUUAAGCUAAAGAUAGAAAAUACUCAAGUAAAUAUUACUCUUCAGCAUUUAUAAAAUGUUAAAAUGUCACAAAAUGUGGAAUUCUCAGAAAAAGAGUGUCUUUUCAUGGACAAAGCAUUCUUUUUUGCCAAGGAAGCUCUCUCUGUCCAAGAAGUUCCAGUAGGGUGUGUUUUUGUAUACAAUGACGACAUCAUAGCUUUAGGACGUAAUACUGUUAAUGAAACUCGCAACGCUACUAGACAUGCCGAAAUUAACUGUAUAGAAGAUAUUGUUGAAUAUUCCAAGAAAAACAAUUUAGAUUAUAAUCAAAUUUUUCAAGAAACUUCGGUAUAUGUGACCGUUGAACCGUGUAUUAUGUGUGCUGCAGCUCUCUAUGAUCUGAAAAUUAAAAGGAUCGUGUAUGGAUGUAAAAAUGACAGGUUCGGAGGCCAGACAGUAUUCGAUGUAGCUGGAGUAAUGACACCUGUGACUGAAGUUAAAGGAGGUUAUAGAUCCGAGGAGGCCAUGGAUCUUUUGAAGGAAUUUUAUAAAGGUGUAAAUCCAAAUGCGCCCCCCAGCAAAGUCAAAAUAAAAAAGGAAAUGAGUUUAUCUACAAAUUUAUAGAACAAGUAUUUUAUUUUGUGUAAUAUAUUUUUAGUACUACUUUAAAUAUUUUUAUUUUUAAUACUCUUAUAUAAUAUUCUGUGUAAGAAAAAUUGUUAUUUGUAAUAUAUAUUUGUAUAAUAAAA